CCCUGCGAGUGCAGUGCUUUCGAUGAGGCUGCGUUUCCAUUGGCUCGUCUCAGAACACAUCACCUGCAUGUACACUUCAACUGUCUUUCCACAUGCUGUCUUCUCCGUAAUACUGUGGGGGGAGCGGAUGUACCGUCGAUUGCUAAUAUUGGGCUAAAUAUACCGACAAGACCCCCUGGGAAUACUGGAACAUGAAUACUUCGAGGAUGAAAAGCCGAAGAGCCGAACACAGUUUGGGGGCGGAGAAAGAACACUUUGACAAGCAGCAGCUCAGCAGCAUCAGCAAAGCCAUCAACGGCACAGAGGCGCCAGUGAAGGAGAAGCACGUCCGCAGGAUCAUCCUGGGGACGCACCGGGAGAAGGGCGCCUUCACCUUCUGGUCCUACGCCCAGGGGCUCCCGCUGGCCAGCAGCCCCAUCCUCAGCUGGAAGUUCUGCCACGUGCUGCACAAGCUGCUGCGCGAUGGACACCACAACACCCUGCAGGACUGCGCGAGACACAGCAGCAAUGUGAAGGAGAUCGGACAGCUGUGGGGAAAUCUCCACGACCGCUACGGACAGUUGGUUGCCCUGUACUCCAGACUCCUUUGCACCAAAAUGGAUUUCCACCUGAAGCACACAGAGAUCCGGGCCAACCUCGAGGCUUCUGAUGAAGUGCUGGAGCGCGUCGCUGGGACGGACAUCAACAAUGUAUUCCAGAUAACCGUGGAGGUGCUGGAUUACAUGGAUGCGGAACUGAAGCUGGCUGAGACAGUGAUCCGGCAGCUGAACACCUCCAUCGCCAUCUCCACCACCACGUCAGGGCAGUGCCGCCUGUCCCCACUCAUCCAGGUCAUCCAGGACUGCAGCCACCUCUACCACUUCACCGUCAAGCUGCUCUUCAAACUGCACGCCUGUUUGCCAGCUGACACCCUGCAGGGACACAGGGACCGAUUCCAUGACCAGUUCCACAGCCUGAAGGGCUUCUUCAACAGAGCCAGAGACAUGAUGUACUUCAAACGGCUCAUUCAGAUCCCUAAGCUGCCUGACUCCCCGCCCAACUUCCUGCGGGCGUCGGCGCUGGCGGAGCACGUGAAGCCGGUGGUGGUGAUCCCGGACGAGGAGCUGCCGGACGACGAGGACGGCGGCGAGCCGCUGGUGGAGGUCGGCGAGACGCCGCAGUAUCACACGCAGUUCCAGAUGCAGCAGCAGCAGCCGCCGCCGCAGCCGCAGCUUGAUAUAUUUGAUCAGGCCUUCGGGCCCCCAAAUGGAGGAUUCGACCCCAAGGACUUGCAGAUAGAGAGCCUGAAGCAGGAGAUUGAACUUCUGAAGGCGGAGUUGGAGAGGAUCAAAGGCGAGGCCCAGCGCUACAUCACACAGCUGAAGUCCCAGAUCAACAGCCUGGAGGCAGAGCUGGAGGAGCAGCGGGCACAGAAACAGCGCACCCUGGUGGAGAAUGAGCAGCUGCGCAUGGAACUGGAGACCCUAAGGAGGCACAGCGCUGAGAAUGAGAACGCACAGUUCUCCUUCAUGGAGGCAGAGAGGAGGGCUCAGGACUCUGAACUACGCUACACCAAGCUGAAGGAGAAGCAUGCUGAGCUAGUCUCCAGCCACGCCGAGCUGCUCCGUAAGAGUGCCGACACAGUGAAGAUGCUGACGGUCAGCCAGCAGACGCAGGAGGAAGUCGCCCGGACCAAGCAGCAGCUGGCCUUCGAGGUCGACCGCGUCAAGCAGGAUGCCGACAUAAAGCUGGAAGAGCAGAAGUUUGAAAUGGACAAGCUGAGGCGGGAGCUGGAGGAGAAGAGGGUGGAGCUUCUGCGGACACAGACCUCCCUGCAGACCAAUGAGCAGUCGGGGGAGAAGCUGAACAGCGAAUUGCUGGGGCUGCAGGGCCAGAAGGAGGCGCUGUUGCGUGCCGUGAAUGAGAAGGAGGCGGAGCUUUCUACCCUGCGCCAGUCUGCACAGCUGCAGCAGUCGUCCCUGCAGCAGGAGAGAGAGAGGAGCGCCAAAGAGAUGGACGAGCUGCAGAGCAAGCUGAAGGACAAGCUGAGCCGGGAGGAGCAGCUGGAGCAGCAGCUCCUGGAGGACCAGUUCUUCCUGCUGCAGGGCACUGUGACCGAGGCAGAGAACAUCAUCCAGGACGCGGUGGCCAAACUGGACGACCCCCUACACCUGCGCUGCACCAGCUCUCCAGAUUACCUUGUAAGCAGGGCAGAAGCUGCUCUUGGCUCUAUCGACAAGGUGAAGCAAGGCCAUAAUGACUACCUAAGGAACAUGAAAGACGCCAGUGGGCUCCUGCGGGCCAUUACCCAGUUCUCCCAUCUGGCCGCUGACACCAUCGUCAACGGUAGCGCCACCGCCCACAUGGCACCCACCGACCACGCCGACCGCCUGACGGAUAACUGCAGAGGCUGUGGCACGGAAUCGCUGCAGUUCCUGCAGGAGCUGAAGUCCAAGCCCUCCCUGCAAAGGGCCAGCCCGGCUGCCACCCGCACCAUCAUCCAGAAGAUCCUGCAGCUGGCCCAGGACCUCAGGCCCAAGGGGUCGGACAUCCGGCAGGACGAGCUGGGAGACAUGGUGGACAAGGAGAUGGCGGCCACGUCGGCGGCCAUCGAGGAGGCCGUGCGGAGAAUCGAUGAAAUGAUGAACCAAGCCAGGAGGGACACCAGUGGGGUCAAACUGGAGGUCAAUGAGAGAAUCCUCUUCUCCUGCACUGACCUCAUGAAGGCUAUCCACCUGCUGGUGAUUGCUUCCAAGGACCUGCAGAAGGAGAUUGUAGAGGGUGGACGGGGUGCGGCCUCCAUUAAGGAGUUCUACGCCAGGAACUCUCGCUGGACCGAGGGGCUGAUCUCCGCCUCCAAGGCUGUGGGAUGGGGUGCCACUCAGAUGGUCGAGUCGGCCGAUAAGGUGGUCCUGCACACCGGGAAGUACGAGGAGCUGAUCGUCUGCUCCCACGAGAUCGCUGCCAGCACCGCUCAGCUGGUCGCCGCCUCCAAGGUGAAGGCCGACCGCAGCAGUACGAGGCUGGUGACCCUGCAGCAGGCCUCCCGUCGUGUUAACGAGAUGGCUGCCAACGUGGUGGCCUCCACCAGGACCGGGCAGGACCAGGUUGAGGAGAAAGACACCAUGGACUUUUCCGGAAUGUCCCUGAUGAAGCUGAAGAAAGAGGAGAUUGAGUCACAGGUGCGGGUGCUGGAGCUGGAGUCUGACCUGGAGAACGAGCGCGUUCGGCUCGGGGAGCUCAGGAGGAAGCACUACGACCUGGCCGGCGUUCCCGCCGAUCAGGAAACCGACGGCAACGGAUUUGCCACCCCAGCUCCUUCCUCCCCCAAACCGGCCAAGCCUUCCGUCUUUAAAAAACCAACGCUGCCACAGAAACCAAGCCUGCUAGCAAAGAACCCGUUCAAGUUAGGCAGCAGCUGAAGGCGACUACCUCCACUGGCCUGACGACUGCGCAGAUCCAAAAGAGACAGGAUGUCCCUCCCCUGUUUGUGUGGCACCCCCUAGUCCCACCCCCCCCCCCCCAUUGCCAGCAUAUCCCAGCAUCCUCUCUUCCUUUGCUCUGUCGUCAUGGCUGCCCUCGUUCUACACCAGGACUGCGUCUACUGCCCCCCACCCUACAACCACCUGACCACCCACCUCCACCUCCCCCCCCCACUUCACUCCUACUGACAAACAUGAAAAUAGCUUUGAGUUCUGCUCUGCCUUGUUUCUGAAAGAACAAUAACGUGUCUCUCUCUCUCUCUCUUUCUCUCUCCGCCUUAUCCAACUGCCUGCAGCUUGCAUUGGGGUUGCACAAAGCUCUGCAGGAUUAUUUGCACAAGCAGGUGUAGAAUAUAUUCAGGGAAAAUGCUGAGCUCAAGUGGCCAUUGUAAAGAUCUUCUGCUACUCGCAUAAGAAAAUACUUUUUAAUGUAGUGCUUUUAGAGGUUGAAGAAAACUUGUAUUUUUAACUUGGCGAUGGUGCCUCUUUUUUUGUCGAUAUUUUGUGUCUGCAUUGUACAUUAGCAUAUGGAAAUAUUUUGAUCAGAAUAUAGAAUGCAGUCUUGUACAAGGAAUGUCUCGGAGGGAAAAACUGAUGACCUAUAUUUUCUUUUUUAUGUUUUUAUCCUGUAGACAUGUAUGAAUCAUAUCUGUAAACAGAUAUUUAGUAACCUGUGGAAUACACAUCAGAAUAUGCAACUCUUAUUUCAGUCCAGUUUUCUUCAGUCUUUUGCUAAAAAUGCUUUGUGUAAAUGCUUUGUGUUUUCUAGUGCAUUUGCCAUUUAAUGUAGAUCAUCGGUAUAAGGGCACACAUUUAACAGGGUUUUAGAGCAAUCUCUGAUAAAUCUUAAAAGUCAUUAAUCUUUCCAAUCUUAUAAGCCUUAAAUCUUUAAAAUCUUAAAAGUCCUAAAUCUUUCCAGUCUUUAAAGCAGUGCUGCAGUUUGCAUAGGCACAAAAAUACACUAAUAACUGAAGUAACAUCUAUUAUCCAGAAUUUCAGUCUAGUUUUCUUUUCAAUGGAUUGGGUUUUGUUUUUUCUUUAGUAGUUUCUUUCAGGUUUGAUGCACAAGCACAAAAUUAGGUAGCAAAGCACACAGAUCACUUGUGUCCGGCCAGUGAAGAGCAGGACGUGAUUCCUGAGGAAACACUUAGUUUUAAAAUUUCUCACAGUCGUUAAUGAAACCUGGCCUUUCAGUUGAAAUGACUUUUUUUGUAAUCAACUUUUGCCUUUAUCACAAUCACUCAUAUUUUGAAAUAUAUCACAACCACAUUCUGCUGCUGAACGUCAGCUGUGAUCCUCUGUGUAAGGCAGAGCUGGGAAGUGAAUGUGACCCUAAUGUUUUUGUUGCGUUGCCUAAAAAAAAACCUGGGGUUAUUGAAAUACAUUACCCAUGAUGAUCUGCUGUUUGACCUUGCAGACCAUUGGAGAACACUCUCCAUGACAGUCCAAAGUAAGGCUUCUUUACUUGUCCUUUAGCUUAGUAUUAGACCAGGUGCUCAUCAGUUACUGAUUCCCUAGCCUCUGAGUUCUGUGAACCCUGCAGUUCCUCUUAUAUUAUUGGUGCUUUUUUCCCCCCAGAUUAUUAUUUUUUAACCAAUAGGUCAAUAUGGGACUUUAUAAAUCUGCAUGUUAAGCCAUCAACACAUUAUAGUUCCUUACUGAGCUCCAUUAAUGAUUCAGUUAUCAUUUCCCAGGUCACAGGUUCAGGAAAAACACAUGGGCCUACAUGUAAUUCUUGUCACACUAAGCGUUAAUUGAAAACCUUAGGUGUUCACUAAAAUGCGAACAGCCCUCUUAACAAGGUUUAAAGUGGUUCUAUGGGUGUAUUUUAACUAUGAAUAAUUUUUUUUAAAUGGGGAAAUCGAAUUGAGAUAUGCUUUGCUCUGUGGUUCUUUUCCUUUAUGAAACCUUCAUUUAUACAAUCAGAUGUAUUAAUAUAUUUUAGUAAGGAUUAUGAUACUAUGUUUUCUGUAAUAAUUGUAAAGCUUGGAUUAACAAUAAAUCUUUAUGCACACUG